CUGAGCUUUAAACUUGUGAGUUUACUUAUGAAAAUUGCAUGUACUUCAAUAUUUUCAUUGCAAGUCCUGUUUUGUUUCUUCCACCUUUCCUAAAUACUCCUAAGUUAAGAGAAGCAGAAUAUUUUAAUGAAAGAGGUUUUUAUGACUUUUUUCCCUUUUUAGUUCUUUGUUUUUGAAAUUUUAGUGCAAGUGUGCUCUUGUACCUGUUCAUUUGGAUUGCUUUAAUGGCCCGUUUUCGCUGGGUAUCUCUCUUUGACAGAUGUUAAAUAUUUCUUUUCUUUUCCAUUAAAAAAAAAAUAAAGUCACUUCUCUGAGUUUCUGUAAGAUAACGUGACCAGUAAGAUUCGCAGAUGCAGGAAGUUGCCAGCAAUCUUGUCUAGACCAAUUUUCUGAAUUAGACAUCUGGGUUUUUUGAAAAUUGCUAAAAAACAAGACGUCCUUCUGAGUUGUCUCUACCACUUGGUUUUAUCUACUUUAUAGUUUCUUCUCUAUAUUCGCUUUGCCUUCCUUCUUUUCACUCUCGAUCUCCUCUCCUCUUCUAUCAUUUUUUAUUUUAUUUUCUUCAAGACUGUGCCAGAGGAUCAUUUUACUUUCCAAAUAUUUGUGUGGACAGAGGUUCAGAGGGUGAAUGAAGCAGUUAACAAGUGGCCUUGGCUUCAAGUUGGUGCAAGUAUUUGUCUUACGUUGUGUACAGAAAUGAGCAACUCCUUUUUUAAAUGCACUUAAUGUUUUCUGAUGCAGUUACGUGCAGUGUGACUUUCCAUGGAACACUGGGAGUGUAGAGCAUGUUGCUUAAAACCUGAAUAAUCAGGAAUGCAUUUCUGAUAAGCCAAAACAUUGCUUUGCUUGGCAAGCCUGUAUUUUGAGUAGGAUUUUGUCUGGAGGACUUAGAAAACAGUCAUGAAGUUCUACUAAAACUCUAAGCAAAUGUACUUCUGACACUGCUGCAAAGCAGUAGACCUCUGCAGCAAAACUGGAAGGGUUGGAGAGUGAACCAGCCCCAUUGUUUCUGUGCAUAUAUCUCAAUAAUUGCCUCUGCAUGCUUUUGGUAAUGCACAGAUGGCUUAAAAACAAUGUAGGCAGUUACCUCUCCCUCAGCAAACACUUUCUUUCCACCCUUUCUUUGGUGGUAUUUUUGUGGUGAAGUAUGAGGACAGCCGUGAGCUCUACUUAACUCUCCUCUAUUGACAUAUCUGAAGUGGAGCAGUAAUCUAUUUUUCUACCACACCCCUCUGAUGUACCGCCUUUGCUGGGGCAAUUAGCUAUACCUAGAUUAGGACUUGUCAUACUCUUACCGACCUCCCACAGAGCGCGUCAAGGGAAAGACUGCAGCUAGCACGGAGCAGAAACUGAGACAGGAGGACGUGCACAGUGUUGUGUUGUUUAUUGCUUGCAUUGCUUGGUGAAGUUUCAGUAUCCUGAGCUGAGUUCCUAUGUGUCCUGAGAAGAAGAACUAUGCCUAACACAUAACCCCCAAAGCAGAAGUCAGAAAUGAGCAAAUUGAUGCUGUUGAUAACGCGAAAGGGCAGAAGAAUCUUUAAAUGGCGAGGAAUAUGGUAGAAGCAGUACUGAUCGAUCUGUUCAGCCUGCCAGCCAGCUUGCACAACAAUGUUCAAGGAGUACUGUGUAGAACCCUGGAAGCUCUUGAGAAGUGCUCUUCCACUCCUGCUCCACUUGUUUAUGUCAUGUGCUGCCAGAUGCCAGGGAGUGAAAGGAAGGAUGAGCAAGACUCCUUGCUUUCAGCUCUGAGAGAUUUCCAGAGUACGAAGAAAAGACUUGAGGUGGUAUGUGCUCAGACUACAGCUGCUGUGUUGUACACCAUCAAACAAAUACUUGAUGAAAGGGACUUAAGCAUUAUUAAAGUUAUUCUCCCCGCCUUAAGGAAAGAAUUAAUGAAAGUAUAUAUAGACAAUCUCUUUACUGCAGUCUACCAGUUUGAAUUUGAGGAUUUAAAGGCGGCAUCUGAUUGCAAUAACCUGCUGACAAUUGGACCAAAGGGUGAAGAGCAAACAGUUUCUACACAGGACGUGGCACUCAUCAGAAGUGAGAUUCAGAUGCACUUGGAAAGCCUGCCAAGCCUGAAAGGGGAGCUCACCAUCCUCAAAUCUUCCCUAAUUCCAGAUGACAUCUUCCUACAUGGAUUCACCACAAGGACAGGUGGAAUCUCCUACAUACCAACUCUAAGCUCCUGCAAUCUCUUCAGCAGUUCUAAGCGGAGGGAUCCACAAGCUGUUGUUAAAGAAAACCUCCGCAGGCUAGCUAAUGCUGCAGGAUUUAAUCCAGAGAACUUUCACAGAGUCAAGGUUGAUCAUGCUAAUGCUGUGUGUAUUAUGGGAAAGACAGAGCCUGACAGCUAUGAUGGAAUAGUUACGAAUCAGAAAGGUGUUACAGUAGCAGCUCCAGGGGCUGAUUGCAUCCCAUUGCUGUUUGCUGAUCCUGUCAGAAAGGCCUGUGGUGCUGCUCAUUCUGGGUGGAAAGGCACAUUGCUAGGAGUUUCCAUGGCCACAGUAAAUGCUAUGGUAUCUGAAUACGGCUGUAAUGUGAAAGACAUCCUUGUGGUCCUGGGACCAUCUGUAGGACCUUGCUGCUAUAAACUUCCUCAUGAAUCAGCUAAAGAGUUUCACAGAAUUGAUCCAAAGUGUGUGCGACAGUUUGACUCUGCGGCUCCAUAUAUUGAUAUUCGAAGAGCAACACGGAUUCUUCUGGAGAGUGGUGGGAUUCUUCCUGAGAACAUCCAAGAUGAUUCUGUCACAGAUCGGAACCAAAAUAUCACUUUCUGUACUGCAUGCCACCCUGAUAAAUUUUAUUCUCACUUUCGUGAUGGGACUAACUUUGGUACACAAAUAGGUUUCAUAUCAAUCAAAGACUGAGAUAGUAUCCCUUACUAUGAAAUAGUAAGAAUUUAAAAACUUAAUAGAAUGUAGCCUCAGUUAAUUUUGCUGACCAACAACUGACGUAUGUAUACUCCUAGUAAAUUCAAAGUGCACGCUGUUUCCUUAAGGCCAUAGAAAAUUUGCCUCUAGAUGUUGCAAUAGGUGUUGAAAGACCAGGUUGGAUAGGGCUUUGAAUAACUUGAUGCAGUGAGAGGUGAACCUGCCCAUGGCAGUUGGGUUGGAACUGGAUGGACUUUAAGGUCCCUUCCAACUCAAACCAUUCUCUGAUACUGUGAUUCUGUGAGAGUUCUUGACCUGUGAACAGUGAGACUUCCCAUUCUCUUCAAGUUCGGUAGCGUUUUGUCCACUAGAGGUCAGUGCUCUCUCACUUUGCUCUUCCAUCCUUGGCUGCAUUGUGUAUUUGGGUUUCCAGACAGAAUUCAGCAGAGCACCGUAGAGCACUUUUGCCUAUAUCAUCAUCUGCCAAGUUAUUCUGAUAUAUGUGCUUGAAGAGAAAUCUAUUUUUCAUUUUGUUGGGCUGUGAUUCAGAACUGACAAAAUUUUCCUUGUCCUCUGGGAGAACAGAUAUUUAAAAAACUUUUAUUUUACUUCUGUACUUGUCAGAGAAGGACUUGGUUUUGUAUAUGUUGCCCUCUGACUGUAACCAUACACCAAAAUUUUUUCCUCCAACUCUCCUACUUUAUUAGAAAUAUUAUCCCCCUUCUACUUUUGUACCACAGCUCUUCAGAAUAAAAAUCCAAUUACCUCUUAUAAA